AGAAUGCGGCUAAAGCCAUGAAGAGUGAUUUGAGCAGCAAGGCUCCAGUGGAGGAACCCCCUGCUGCCCCGUCAGAGCCUGAGGACCCUGCUUCCCCCUCCAGCGUCCCCUCUCCCUCCCCUCCCCUCCGGGAAAAAACAGCCAGGAAGAAGGCCUCCAAGCCUCCCAAGCCGCCCAAGAUGCCCAAGGCCCCCAAACCUCCCAAGGUCCCCAAAGUGAAGGAGGGAGGGAACAAGAAAGGAAAGAAAGAGAAGGAGGUCCCUCCCCCUCCUCCUCCUCCUCCUCCGUCGAAGCCCUCCAGCCUGGCAGCUCUGGAGUCUCACGCCAAGGACAUCCUCAGCAAGAUGGACCAGCCCAAGAAGGGCAAGAUGGGGG